UGGGACGCAGGACGCACCGCGAGGACAGAGGACCACGCCGAGGGCGAGCUCGCCGUCAAGGAGCCCAGCUGAUUCGGAGCUAACGUUCACCAUGGGCACGAUGGGGCCGUUGCUGGCGUGCUCGGCAGGGCCGCUGGGGGCCUCAGCCGGCAGCCCCGAGGUGCUGCUGCAGGGCUACCGGUCGUGCCUGCACGAGGCGCUGCGCGUGCUGGUGGAGGCGGAAGGCGCGCCCACCGCGGACCCGCGCGUGCUGGCGCUCACGGCGCACCUCACCAGGAGGCAGGCGGCCCUGGAGAUGGCGGAGGAGUCCCGCCGGCAGCACCAGCACCUGCAGCAGAGCCAGCUCCUGCAGCACUACUUCCGCGGCGUCGACUUGCACUACUCCAGGUAGGCGCGGCUCCGGUUUCGCGCCCAGGUGUGCCGACCACGUGACGUCACCACCAGCCCGUCACGACACGUGUCACGCCACGUGCGAGGACGCGCGGGAUGCGACCACCCCGUCCACCGCUUCCGACAUCGGAGCCACCGGCCAGCACGCCUGCACCUGCGGGGACCGCGGACAGUCUGGGGACCACGGACGGACUCGCCGACGGGGACAUUCUGUGAUUGGGGAAAGGAAAAUCAAACAAGGAAGUAACCAUUUUUUUCAUGAUUUUUCUCCUGGACAAGUAUUUUGCGCAAGUAAGUGCACUACCCGGGGAGCGUGCAAUUUCUCAACUUGAGGACGACGAAGAUUUCAUCAUCGUGUCUCGUGCCAAAGUUUGUCAGGCAUUUUAUAUAUUUUGUGAUAUAGAAAACAUGGAGGAUAGAGUUUGGGAGGGGCGGGUUGGGGGAGAUGUCCUGAGUUUGAAGGACUCGGGGUUUGUUUGUCUUUAUUUUCUUCUUUUAUUUAAUUCGUUAUUGUGUGAUGCUGUCGACAAGGCUCUCACGCCAAAUCGGGCCCGUACUUCCACAAAGAUUUCUCGUCAUGUACAUAGUUUAUAAAAUAUCUCUUAUAAUCUGUUAAUAUUAUUUUGCGACAGGACUGUACAUUUUAUGCAAAGAUGUGGCCAGUGAUUAUCCAUGGAAUAACACGUUUCAAAACCGUAGUACAGCGUUUAAAAGUUGCAUAUAUUUGGAGGAGCUGCUCUUUUAAGCACUGCCAAUUCGCAAUUUAGAAAAAUAAUUUUGAAAUGAGGAAAAAAAUUCCAGCAAAACUCUGUGAGCGCUAUUUGGGUUCCCGCGGUGACACUUGGACCCCGCCUUAUGACUCGUGCCUUGAUGUAAUCGUACGGUUACUUGCUCAUUGUAUCGUAAAACAAGUCUUAGCCGUUAGUUCACAGACCAAACUAAAAUCAGCAACAUUUUAUAAUACUUUACAUGCAGAGGUAGAUUGGCGGUCGGGUGGCGCGUGAAGUCUGGAAAAGAAAUUUCCUGUUGGGCUCGCGAAAUUCCACCUUGGAGGGUUUUGAAUCUCGCGAGUGGUCGAGAAGUCAGCGCCGCGAGUGGCUCUGAGAACAAUCGACUUUUGAGGGAGACGGUCGAAACGGCUCCUCCGCGAGGCGAGGACUCGCCGCCCACCCGCCGCCAUUUAAUGAACGUCUUCGUCUGAUGUCAGUGCCUUUGGAGUGGUCCGCCACUUUUUGAAGACUUAACGCCCUCCCUUCAACUUCCCCACUACGCAGACUGUCCUUGUCUGUCUCUCCGAUCGGGCCGAGUUCUCCGCGACAGAGAACACGGCCGAGAUCCCCCUCCCCCUGGUAUUCAAGGUUCGUGCCUUUAUACGAAGAGUACAUGCCACACUCAUUCACCCUCUUCAAAGAGAGUGCCUUUUAGCGAACGAACUUGGCCGGCCGGCCCGCCCACCUGCCCUCCGAGUUUGAAAUCCGUUUUGGCGCGCUUUGUCGCGCCGUUUGAAGAACUCGCAGGGCGCCGCGCCGCCAAGUGGCGAUGGCUGCUACUUAUUUUAUAGCCGCAGUAGGUUCGGUAGAAAAGGAUUGCCCUUUCUUGGGACGCGAAGAGAGGUAAUUUUUUUUCCUGAUUCAUCCAGAGAGCUCACUAAUUAUUCUAGUCGCGCUAGCUGCGUCGCGUGCCCUAUAGAAACCCCGGCAGUGGGCAGGACGCGCCCUGUGCAGCCCCUUUGUCAAGUACACUCCCUGCCAAGCGCGCCAGCAGGUUCGCCUGGCAGGGAGUGUACUUCUCAAACGCACUUCACAGUGUGCGUCCGUCAUGGAGAACGCCUUGCAGUGCACUGCCAACUUUCUAGGGAACCGCGGCUGCAGAACAACUAUCGUCAUAUCAUUACUUAUCAGUGCCUUAAGUCCAGCCUAAUGGGCCGAACGGACACCACUUCAUUUCACAAUUAAGCCUUAUCUAAAAUGAAAAAUUUAAAAAAACGAAGCUCAAGUUGGAGGAUUUAUCAACACUAUGGUAUUACUUUGUGUCUGAGCUGUUUCUAUGGUUGCCUGGAAAGCCUCACCGUUUUUUGCCAUCAAAAUGACGUUUAAAAACCAAAGAAUUUGGACCAAUCUUAUUCUAUCAUAAAUAUGGUUUUCACUUUUUCACGCGCGCUAUUCGUGGUGUAUCGCUGUCCACUCUUUGCUUUGUUGCAUAGUUUAGCGGGCGUUUACUAUUUUCAAUAGUCUAACGAUUGUAUAGAUAGACUUAGUGCCGGCGGAGCUAAUAAUACUGCAAUGUUACUGAACAAGUACGCUGAAAAGAUACCUGUGGUGUUCCCAUGAUAAAAUAAUGUAUCCUCAGACUAUAAUGUAGCCAAAGAUUUUGUUCACUGUCGUCGCUGAUCUCAUAUGUAUCCCUCACAGGCCUAUCGGUGUUGAAGUCAAACGUAUUAUUCUAGUCAACAUGGACUUUUCCUUACUCAUCUAGUCAUACCAUGGCUCGCGCCUUUUUAACAAAUUGUAUAGAGUUUGAAAGAUUAAUAAAAAAUAUACGAUGAAAA